ACUUUGACAACUCGACGGCCAACUCAGCCCAUCCGAAAAAACAAAAGUUGUGUUUUUCUUUGACAAUUUAGAAAGAAUUCCCAAAAUGAGCAGACAACAGAACGAAGAUGACUCCAACUCGGUGCUAUUCGAUGCCCGCAACGAGUACUACAUCGGUAACUUCAUGGGCUCAAUAAACUUUGUGCUGCCGGAGCAGGGAACCGCUGGGUCGGAGCUGUUAUCCUACAUGUAUCUUUCUUACUUGGCCAUCGAUUCUGGGCGUAUUGUGGCCUCAGACAUUAAGGAGAACAAUUCUACUCCGCUACAGGCUUUGCGAUUGGUGCACGAAGCUUUUGAGCAACCUUCGCGAACGGAGGAGUUGCUGGAGAAGCUCACUGACAAGGUGGCCGGGGAUGAGGAUGAGACCAACAUCUGGCACAUCGCCACCUCCAUUGUCUACUGUUAUGAUGGUCAGUUCGAGAACGCCUUAAAGAUCCUGCACGGCUCCACCAAUCUGGAAUCCAUGGCUCUGUCGGUCCAAUGCUUGCUGCGCCUGCAAAGAGUGGAUUUGGCCAAGCAGCUAGUUGCCAAGAUGCAGGAAAUCAGCGACGACGCCACGCUAACGCAACUGGCUCAAGCGUGGGUAGCCCUUGCCCAAGGCACAGAGCAGAUGCAGGACGCCUUCCACAUUUACCAGGAGUUCUGUGAAAAGUUUAAGCCCACUCCGGCCCUGCUCAACGGCCAGGCUGUGGUUCAUCUGGGCCUGGAGCGGUACGAGGAGGCCGAAUCCGUGCUGCGAGAAUCGCUGUUGAAGAAGCACAACGACUACGAUACCCUGAUUAAUCUUAUGGUGCUUGCCCACCUCACGGCUAAGCCGGAAGAAGCUGUUAACCGAAAUCUAGAACAGCUGCGGCAGUUCUAUCCCAAGAGCGACUUUGUCACCGAUCUAGACAAGAAGUCGGCAGAGUUUGAUCGCCUAUGCCUGCAGUACGACCUCGAUGGUGGCGAGAAACUGCUGGCCGUCUAGACAUAAGUUAAAAUUUCAAAUAUUCAUUUAUCAAAACCUUCUGUUUAUGUAUUAAACUACAAUAAAAAUUUAUUAGAAAUGUA